UGCUGACUUGGCUUAAUCCUCAAAAGAAUCUUAUAUUUUGUCUGCCGUGUGGCGACUUCUUAUUCUUCUUCUUCAUCUUCCUUCUUCUCUUCUUCCAAGCUUUUGCUUCUUCUUAAACAUACUUUUUCAUAAACCACCAUCUGCUUUAUCUUUCCUCAACUCCAGGAUCUCUUCUUCUGACGAAGUCUUCAUUUUUUAUGUUCACACGAUAAAUUCAAAGAGAACAAAAGGAACCAACUUUCGAAAUUCGAUUACUUGGACAAGAACUUGGAUGCCAAGGGAAAAUCUAAAGUUAAAUCUCUUUCAAUGUCUAAGAACAUGUUACUCUGUUUAGAUUCUACUCAAUUAUGGAAAAAGGCUUUAACUUUGCAGAUCAAACUGUUUGUUUUAAUGCCCUCUGCAGUGGAGAAACGUAGGUGGUAUAGUCUCUUCACGACAAUGAAGUGUUUCUUCUUCUCUGGAGGGGACAAGAGAGACGAACACAAGACCCCUAAUGUCUCUUUAACCUACAACUUCUCCGACCGCGACAUUAACCGAAGCGGGUCGGAGUUCAACUCCCGAGACGUCUCCGGCACGAGCACGGAGUCGUCCAUGGGGAGGAAGAACUCGUACCCUCCCGCGAUGUCUACCAGAGCAAGCAAUCUCAGAGAGUUCAGCAUCACUGAUCUCAAGGCUGCGACAAAGAACUUCAGCCGCUCUGUUAUGAUCGGAGAAGGCGGUUUCGGUUGUGUCUACAAGGGAACAGUGAGGAGCUUAGAAGACCCGUCGAUCAAAAUCGAAGUUGCUGUUAAGCAGCUCGGUAAGAGAGGGUUGCAAGGGCAUAAGGAAUGGGUUACGGAAGUGAACUUUCUCGGCGUGGUCGAGCAUACGAACUUGGUGAAGCUGCUUGGUUACUGUGCGGAAGAUGAUGAGCGUGGGAUUCAACGGCUUUUGGUUUAUGAGUACAUGCCGAACCAAAGCGUUGAGUUCCACUUGUCUCCUAGGUCGCUCACCAUCCUUACUUGGGAUCUCAGGUUGAGAAUUGCUCAAGAUGCGGCUCGUGGUUUAACGUACCUUCACGAGCAAAUGGAGUUUCAGAUAAUAUUCAGAGAUUUUAAGUCCUCGAACAUUCUUUUAGAUGAGGAUUGGAAAGCAAAGCUCUCUGACUUUGGUUUGGCUCGUUUAGGUCCAUCUGAAGGACUAACUCAUGUUUCUACUGACGUUGUAGGUACAAUGGGAUAUGCAGCUCCUGAGUAUAUUCAAACAGGUCGUCUAACAUCUAAAAGCGAUGUGUGGGGUUAUGGAGUGUUCAUCUAUGAGCUUAUCACAGGGAGGAGACCAGUAGACAGGAACAAACCUAAGGGAGAGCAAAAGCUUCUAGAAUGGGUGAGACCUUAUCUAUCAGACACAAGGAAGUUCAAGCUGAUAUUAGACCCGAGGCUGGAAGGGAAGUACCCUCUGAAACCAGUUCAGAAGCUAGCAGUUGUAGCCAACAGGUGUCUGGUUAGGAACCCAAAGGCACGUCCCAAGAUGAGUGAAGUGUUGGAGAUGGUGAACAAGAUUGUGGAAGCGCCUUCAGGGAGUAGUGAUGCGCCACAGCUAGUUCCUUUGAAGAGUCUAGAGACUUCUAGAGACGCCGGAGGAGGGAAAAAGAAGAGGGGUUUGGAGAACGGUGGUGGUGAAGGAGGUUGGUUUGGUAAGUUAUGGAACCCAAAGACAGUAAGAGCUUGUUGAUUGGUUACUUCUUGUUACAAAAAAAAGAAAAGAUGGAGAUUGAAAAGCUUUUGAAGAUAUGGGUGAGAUGAGAUCAAUAUCAAAGAUUCAGCUCAUAUUAGAUAUUUAUAAAUGAAGAUUGUGAGAUGUGCUAAUGUUAUAUUUGAUGUUUGUGUGAUUGUAAUUGUAAACCACAGCUGAGUUAUGAAGAUGUGUAUAUAAGCUUAUCAUGAGUUUUGUUACAAAGCUGAUCAGCAGUCACCACAAGAAUACUUGACUUGUACUUGCGUGUGUAAUUGAGUUUGAAUUAAAAAUACCUAUUAA